CUUUCUGGAGAGGUGUUUUCUCUGCGCUGUUAACCAUUUAGCUGGUUGAAGAGCGCGUUUGUUCCUGUUCCUUCUGACGCACGCUUUAGCAGUUAAUUUAAGUUACUUUUUUGUUUGUUUGACAAAGUUUCUGAGGAAACAAAAAAGGAAGAAAGGACCAACUUUUAGAAGACAGCUUAGGUAGCUAACUUGACAGUCUGCGCCGUGAUAGCAGAUCUUUCAAAUUCAUGUUUUGGUAUUGUUGAGGGGGGCGUUCUGUCAUCGUUAAAUUUGGUGACUGUUCUACUAAAAAGCUCUUAGCUUUGGAAGCACUUCGGAUCCUGAAGCCUGUUCUUUUAUAAAGCUUGAAGGGAACCCGACCCGACUACUAUAUAUAAACACAAAACGGAACACGUACAAUAAGAGGAAAAACAGAGAGAAGGCUCCAACCAGGGUAGUGUUAUUUCUGAAUUGGAGAACCGAAGCUGUGUUCCCUGCCCCCUGACUAUGGAAACAGAGGCUACAGAUGGCUAUCUUGCUAGUAACGGUGACCACUCUCCCAGAAGAGAACACUCCAGCAUGGUGGUGGACCUGUCCUCAAACACUCCCAAUGGGCAGUACUCCCCAAGCACAAAACUAAUCAAGCUAGAAGCUCAGAGUGAUGAGGAGUCGGAGCACAGGGCCCUGGCUCAGGAGGAGGGGGUCCCGAGUGUGGAGGAGGCAGACAGGAUGGAGGAGCCCCUGAUGGGCAGCCACAAUGGGCUUCACGACCACAGCCAGGGAGCGGAGGGGCCCGGCGAUGGAGGAGUCCGACUGCCCAACGGUAAACUGAAGUGUGACAUCUGUGGGAUUGUAUGCAUUGGGCCCAAUGUGCUAAAUGUUCAUAAGAGGAGCCAUACUGGCGAGCGUCCGUUCCAGUGUAACCAGUGUGGAGCCUCAUUCACUCAGAAGGGAAACCUUCUCCGACACAUCAAACUGCACUCGGGAGAGAAGCCCUUCAAGUGCCCUUUCUGCAGCUAUGCCUGCCGCCGCCGUGACGCCCUCGCCGGACACCUCCGGACCCACUCUGUGGGCAAGCCGCACAAGUGCAACUGCUGUGGGCGGAGCUACAAGCAGCGUGCGUCCUUGGAGGAGCACAAGGAGCGCUGUCAUAGCUACCUGCAGAGCGGCCGCCUGGACCCUGCCACACACGCUGGGGCACUGCAAGUGCCUACCGUUGAAGAGGGGAAGGAUCAGGAGCCCAUGAUGGAAGGGAUAUCGCUCGUGCCUUUUGAAAGACCGCCUGUGAUCGAGAGGCUGCACAGCAAUGUAGGGAAACGGAAAAGCACCACGCCUCAGAAAUUCGUGGGUGAGAAAAUGAUCCGGUACGGCUACCCAGGUAUGCACUACGAUAUGGGCCUCAAGGACGCAGAACUGGUGCAUGCCCACAUGAUGGACCAAGCCAUCAACAAUGCCAUCUCCUACCUGGGGGCCGACUCCCUGCGGCCCCUGGUCCACCACCAGCCUGUGUCCAUGGCGGACGUGGUGCCCAUGAUGAACCCGCUGUACUCUCAGGUUUACCACCCGGGAAGCAGAGAGACCCCACCUGUGAACCUAGAUUUCCCAGCAGACAGACCCCUCUCCCUCAUCAGACCAAAGAACCCCCCUGCAGAGCGCGAGGCCUCGCCCAGCAACAGCUGCCUGGAGUCCAUUGACUCGGAGAGCAGCAGCCACGAGGAGCGCCCGGGCCAUCCCAGCAACCCAGCCUUCAACCCCAAGAGCAGGCGGAGCAGCCCAGCCUGCACCAGGCAGGAGCAGAGAGCCCUGGAUGCGAGCAAGGCUGCCGUCACAGAGGCAGCAACAGCAGUGGCAGUCCCCGCCCUGAGCCCUUCCAGAAACCAGUACAAGGUUUACAGCGGGGAUGGGGAGCAGGUCAAGGCCUUCAAGUGCAAGCACUGUCGGGUCCUGUUUCUGGACCACGUCAUGUACACCAUUCACAUGGGCUGCCACGGUUACAGAGACCCUCUGGAGUGCAACAUCUGUGGGUACCGGAGCCAGGACCGCUACGAAUUCUCAUCUCAUAUCGUUCGAGGAGAACACACAUUCCGCUAGGCACUGAGCCGAAGGACACAAAUGAAGUACAAAAAAUACAUGUAUACAUAUGUGUGUGUGUGUGUACAUAUUUCUAUGUACAUACAAUAUAUAGGUAUGUAUAAAACAGUCCAGGAAGGUCUGCGCUUAGGAAUCUGAAUUAUGUUACUUUUGUAAUUUCAACUUCCAACAAACAAUCUAAAGGAAGAUGUUAGGAGUGGGAGAGAGGGCUUCUUAACUGUUGCUUGGGAUUACAUAACACCCUGUUUUUAUUGUUUUUUUGACGUGUAUUUUUUGUAGUUCUGAGCUUCCUCGAAGUUAUUCAUACAGUGUAAAUCUUCCUCACCAGAGCAGCUGUAGACAUAUUUGAUUCUAUUGCAUUAAUUUAUACCCUCUUAAUUCUUUCUGUCAUAAGAAUUUGCCUCAAGACAAAAUGCCUUUCCUUUAAGUAAAUGCGGUUUUUAGUUGUAAACAGGAGAGAUCUGUCAGUACUGAUUGGUACUGUGUUUUUUGCAUGGAGGGAUUUUUUUUAGGUCUCCUGGUAUUAGUUUUAGUUGAGUUCAGUCAGCCACCCUUGAGAGUGAAAUGAUUAUUAAUUCAACCCUAAGCUUUUUUGCCACUGUUUGCUCCUUCUCUUGUUUGCAGCAGCAAAGGAAGAAGGGAGAAGAAACACACAGCGGUUAUGUAAUCCCUAGACAUGUGUACCUAUUUAUACUUUGUGUUGCAGUUGCAUGUUUGUAUUAUUAUUAUCUGUAAGCAUUACUGUAAACAAGUGAUGGUGCACUUUGCUUGUGGUACUUUCUGUUUUAUUCAAGAAGAGGGAAUAUGAGGCAGCUGCAUGUUAUACUGGGAGUCGACAGUCAUUUCACAAUGUGGGCGUAUCACUCAACUCUGCCACUGGGUAGAUGUAGCUAGAAACAGUUUGAAAGCACAUCUUAUAAAAGAUGGGUGAGUUUUCCAAGCAGCUUACAGUAACCUCCUUGCAUACUUCUUAUCAGGCAGUUGAUCUCAGGUACAAGCUGGCAGUUUCAAACCCUAGUGGUCUAAAUGGUGGAGUCUCUGGUGACAAGGCAUUUCAUCCACACCACAGCUCCUCAUUGAAGCAUUAGAGACCAGCUCAUCAGUUAGUUUUAGCCUCCCUUGGCAUCACAGACCAAAUAGGAAUUCAUUUGAACUCUUUUACUACACAGUGUCUAGGUAUCCUCUCAUGGCUCGCAUGGAUUGUAAAGCAUAAUAUUUGAAGAGCAAGCGAGAAAGACUUGUCUGACUGGGUUUGUUUACUGAACACAGUCCUGUAAGCACUCUUAAACAGCAAAAUCCUCCUUACAUUUCUAACCGUAUCAUUCAUUAUUUUAAGAAAUAAUUAGUUGUUUUAUUUUUAUAUGCUGUCAUAUGAACAGUAUUGAUCAGCUGAAGUUUUUUUUUUUUUUUUUAAGAGUAUCUGACAUUGGUUAAAUUCAAAUUCAAAUCUGUCCCAGCAAAAAAAAAAAAAAAACUUCCUUUCGACACAUACUAUACACAUACAAUGUGGUGUAAUUACCUCAAUGCUAAAACUACGUCUUUCAUGCAGGCGGUCAUCAGUGACAGGUUCGAUGGCACUUCACAGGUUGUUUGCAGGUGCUCUUUAGCGUAUUCAAGAGUUGAGUGUUAUGUUUUCAUGUUUUGGCACUUGAAGGCUUUUAAUUACCUCACUGGCAUCAAAUUUAGAAAACUUUCAGAUAAGGGAACACGGCUUUACUGUGAUACCUCAUUAGUUUACACCGUUCAGGUCUUCACUCCAUAUGAAGUGGCUGUAUUCUACUUGUAGGGUUUUAUUGAAGGCAAUCAUUAAAGUGUUCUGUUUGGAAGCACUGAGCUAUUGGCUAAACUCAUUAGACACAAAACUUUUCCAAGAGCUUUUCCAAAAUAAUAAUCCAAAUCCAUGCAGGACCUAAGAUAGGUCAAGGUACUGCCUGGCCAACCAGGUGUAAACCAGCCUUUGCUUCCUGGUUGGGACCCAACAGGUUCUGGAUUACCUGAUGGCAAGUUUAGCAGAACUAAUUGAUUACGAAUGGGUUGCAUUCAGUUUCCCCUUACUAUGCACUUGCCAAAAACAAUCAGUAAUUAAUGUAACUAGGAUACAUACAGAUUUUUAAUUUAAUGAAAUGUUUUUGUUUUAAUUUUAUAUUGGUGAAUUACCAGCUCUGUGUUAUGCUGCUGCCUAAGAAUAUUGCAUAACAAUUGUUUUUCACUAACCUUUCCAGGGAAUAGAAAUAUGACUACUGUUGCAUAGCACUUUGAUCUAUUCCGGUUUGAUAAGACACACCUGAGCUUUUUAUUUAUACACUGUGGUUAAUCAAGCUUAUUGUAAAAGCUGGAAUGGGUGAAAAUGCUGUGCAAUCGGAGUCUUAUUCCAUCCCUGCUUUGCUGGACUGUCCCUGCAGAUCUGCACUGGUUAGUGACAAGAGGACCGUCAUGCAGCACCAUGUUUAUUUCACCUUGAGGAUGAACAGCUAUGUAAUUACAACCUCAAGACUGCAGAAAGAAUGGUGCAAGAAAUGAAAAAAAAUUAUGAACAAAAAAAUACAUGUCAGAGUUAAUUGUACAUGUGGUUGUUGCAAAGGGACUUUUUAAUGAAUGAUGUCUGUUCUUCAAAUGAAGAUAGGAACAGAGUCUUGUAGCCAGUUGUGUGUCGUGUAGCCAAAACUGUAACAAAGGGAAGGAUUUGUUUGUAUGUUUGUUUUUUUUGUUUAGUUUUUCUGUUACGAAAUUUUUAAACUGUGAUAAUUUUGACUGAUUUAUUUUUAUUCACGAAGCACUGUCAAGUCUGAAAUUGGAGUCACAUCAUGUAGCUGAGGUACAUAAUACACGCACACACGCGGAACUAUUGAGUGCUCAUUUGUGUUGAUUAGAGUUUGGAUUAAGAAAGGAAGUCUUACACUCAUAAGGUGCAGUAAGCACUACAGCUGCAUGUGUAGGUCUUCCUAACUCCCUCAGUUACUGAACAGCACCAAGAGGUCUUGUCAGUUGUUGACAAAAUGUGCAGAUUUUUAUUUGAAACCUCUUGUUGCGUUUAUCAGUCUAGAACAAUUUCAUUUACUUUAGUCUUAUGUUUUAUUUAGUCUUUUAAUUUUUGGGGAAGUGUUUUUUUUUUCCUUGUUGAUAAUGCAUUAGAUUUAUAAGCUGUUUACAUAUUUUUGUACUAAAAAUGUAGUUUUAUAUAUUGGACAUAAAUAUAUGUAAACGCUUGAAGAAAAGAUCAAAUGGUGCCGCUGUGUAACUCACUCAUUUUUGGACCAGGGUACCUGCCCGUUUCCUUUACUUAUUUAAUGGUAUGUGCUUUUUAUUGUUUUCUGUUCUUCGUUUGGCUGUAAAUGUUCUUAAAAAUGAUGUAGCCUGUUAUGCAUAUCUUUUUUUUUUUUUUUGAGAUAUUGCAAGCUUGAAUAGGUGUAUGAGUAGUGAGUUGUAAAAUAUGGGAAGAUAUAUAUAUAUUUUUUUAAAUGCUUUUAAAAGACUUCUCGCAGGGUUCUUUUAACAAUGUAGCUUUCUGUCUGAAGAAUCAUCAUGAUCAGGUUUGAAAACGAUAGCAUGCUGUAUUGCAGUUCAGCAUGUCAUGAUCAAGGGGAGAGUGUGAGGUUUGAAAACGAUAGCAUGCUGUAUUGCAGUUCAGCAUGUCACGAUCAAGGGGAGAGUGUGAGGUUUGAAAACGAUAGCAUGCUGCAUUGCAGUUCAGCAUGUCGUGAUCGGGGGGAGAGUGUGAGAGGUUUGAAAAUGAUAGCAUGCUGUAUUGCAGUUCAGUAUGUCGUGAUCAAGAGGAGAGUGUGAGGUUUGAAAAUGAUAGCAUGCUGUAUUGCAGUUCAACAUGUUUGACGGGUUAUUCAAGACACUGUUGGAACUUAUGUUUGAAAGCUUCUUCUGUAUGUCUGAUGUGUGGGUUAGAAAUAAGAAAUCAAACUCAUUGUGUUGUUGUUUGAGGUACUUCAGAUUUCACAAUGAGCCUGUUGUUAGGAUAAACCAACCACAGAGGCAUUGCCAGGCUCAACCAUAAUUCAUGAAGCUCACAAUAAAGUCUGGAAUGGAUUGAGUCUUGUUUUCAUCCCUGGCUGGUGAGCACCAUUUCGUAGCCUGCCAUGAUAUCUCCUAAAUGCGUUUGACAAGUCGUGU